AUGGACGUCAUUUCGUGCCGCGGCGCAAAGAUCUGCAGCCCGUUUGUGACAAGCGACGAUUCUAUUUACUACGUCUCAGCAGAAACAGGUGAGGUCUUUCAGUUCCACCCCCCAUGUGAGCACGUGCCUAUUGUCUUCUCGGGUGGGGAGCCGUUCGGUGCACAGUUCGAUCACAAAGGUCGAUUGCAUCUCGCGGAUUGUGCCCAUGCUGCCAUCUUAAGGGUAGAUGAUGAUGCGCAGCCAGGAGUGAUGGUGAAGACAUACGAAGAACGACCCUUCCGAGGCCCUAACAGCAUCGCAUUUGCGCAGGAUGGCUCACUUUUUUUCACGGACAGCGGACCAAUGGGCGAAACGACGCUUGAGAAACCUCAAGGCAGUGUUUUCUGCAUCACUUCUAGUCCUGUUGGCGGUCAAGUAUUACGUCCACUGCUCACGGAGUGUCUUGCACAUCCGUGGGGAAUCGCGGUUUCCCCGAAAAAUGGUGCCCUUUUCGUCGCAGAGACGAUGCAGAAUCGAAUUGUGAGACUGCAUCAACGGCCAAGCAAUGUCUACCAUGCAAGCGUUUUCUAUCAGUUUACAGGUGGAAUGGGGCCUUCGGGAAUUGCAUGUGGAGCCGAUGGGACUUUGUACGUGGGGCACUAUGAUUUUUCAGGCGUAGAUGGAAAGAUAUUUGUCAUCGGAUCGGACGGAAUUUUGAAGCGAACAUUCGAAAUUCCAGGGUCGGAAAUCACUGGACUUUGUCUCAGUCAUGAUGAGAGCUACGUGUUGGUCACUGAAGCAUCCACCAACACAAUCCAUAAGCUUGUACUUCAUUGA